AUGGACGACCCGGCCUUCGAUACCUCGACCGACCUCCAUACCCAAAGCAUCCUCCUCGCAGCCGCGCACCACGACAUCGGCGCCCUUCGCGACCUCUUGCGGAACACGUCCGCCAACGUGCAGGACGAAGAAACAGGAUUCACGCCGCUGCAUGCUGCCAUUGCCGCAUUGGAGCCUGGACUCGAUUCCCAUGAUGAUGGUGAUGAUGGCGCAGGAAGAAAUGGGGCCGAGGUGAAUGGCCAUACCAAUGGCGACGUUGCGCACGCCGAGAGCGAGGAAAGGAAGAUGGAGGUAGAAGCGGCCGUGAAGACGGUCAGAUUUUUGUUCGAGAACGGGGCCAUCUGGAAUGACCUCGAUGCGAAUGGGGAGACGCCUGGGUGUAUUGCGCAUAGGCUGGGCUUGAAGGAGCUGUACGACUUGUGUGUGGAUGCGGGUGUGAGGGCAGAAUUGCUGCUCAGUCGGUUGGACGAGUAUCAACCACUUGAUGGGGACGAUUCAGAUUACGAGGAGGAGGAUGAGGGGGGCCAAAACAGGGAGGAGCAGGAGGGGGAGGACGAGGUCAGCAAUAUCACCGAAAAGGUAGAAGAGAUUGCCCUGCAUGGAGAGGCCGCGGCGACACAACCUGGGGACGAGUCGACCGCAAGCGCAAACUACUUGGCGUCAAACUUGACAUUUCAGCGAAACAGGAUACUCGAUGGAGCCGCCAACGGCGUCAUGAUGGGGUGGGAAACGACUUUGAUGCGGCGGUCUGCGGAGCUACUGACGCCACGGGAAGGCCUGAGGGUGUUGAACGUCGGCCACGGCAUUGGCAUCAUCGACGCCAUCUUCCAAGAGCGCAGGCCUACUUACCACCAUAUCAUCGAAGCACAUCCGGACGUCCUGGAGCAAAUGAAAGAGGGCGGAUGGUACGACAAGCCUGGCGUCGUCGUCCAUCAAGGCCGAUGGCAGGACAUUGUUCCUGGCCUGGUUGAAAAGGGCGAUCUAUUUGAUGCGAUAUACUUCGACACUUUUGCGGAAGACUACAGAGCGCUGCGGGAAUUCUUCACAGAGUAUGUCAUUGGACUACUCGACCCUGCAGGCGGACCUAACGGCGAAGGAGGCAGAUUUGGCUUCUUCUGCGGCAUGGGCGCAGAUCGACAGGUUUGCUACGAUGUCUACUGCAAGGUCGUGGAGAUGGACUUGUUUGAAGCGGGCUUCGACACAGAAUGGGAGACCAUACCGGUUCCGGAUCUGGAUUCUGAGGGCGAAUGGGAAGGAGUGAGGAGAAAAUACUGGGUUCUCAAGAAUUACAAGCUCCCUACCUGCAGCUUCAUUGCUUAG